AUGAUGCGAAUAAAAACCAGAGUCGCAGCGCUUGUCCUGUCCCUCGUCGGCGCCGUCAUUAAUUCGGCUGUCGCUAUCCGCGUCCUCUCUUUCUGGCGUGUGCUCAGGUGGGAGUCAGAGAGCGAGUGGGAGGGUUCUGCAGAUGGCUGGCGAGUCGAUAGCCUCAAGCUUGUGUGGUUGCUUGUUUCCGCGUACUUUACCACUGCCAGCGUAGUGUGCGUGAUUGGGGCAAUAGGUGUCAUUAAGCGCACGCCUGCUCUCGUGCGCCUAUAUCGAGACUACUCGCUCGCAGACAUCUGCUUCUGCGGACUCCUAACUGUCGCUGCGGCACUUGCCUCUUUCCGGCCGUCCGCACGCGCCACUGUCUGCGAGGAAAUUUCUGGGCAACCGGAGCUGCUGCGCGACCUCGCGGAGGCCGGCCUGAACCCGGAGAACUGUGAGCAAUGGUUUGAGCACGCCGUACUCGGUUUUGUGGCAAUUACUGCCAUUCUGCUCGUCGUCCGCUUACAAUUCAUUUUCACCGUCUCGCACUUCUACAAGCAACUCUUGCGCCAGCGCAUGUAUGGCUGCAUUGAACUAGAUGACUCAGAUGUUCCGCUUGGCUCCGUUGACAAUCCGGAUGGCAAACCCCAAAGAGUUUUCCUCCUUCCUGCACGCACACCUCAAGACAUGUACAUGGGAUCAACUAGCGUGCCCGUAGCAGAGGGGUCAAUGCUCGUGUAUGCGCCUGUAUCUCUCGAUUCGUUGUCGGAAGCCGAAGCGCGAGGCUUGGCGUCGAAUGAGGCGUGGGUUUCGCGGACUCCGUCGCACUCUCACACGCGGAGACACUCGCAUGGGUCGUCACAUUCUCGCUCCCAUUCUCACUCAAGGAGCCAUCGCCUCGGCUAUGGCCACGUAACGUCGUACGGACGUUUUGACCUGCCAUCUCUAUCCGAGGAGAAUCUGCUCCCGUCGUAUACCGAUGAGCCCGAUUCGAAGAUGUGA